ACACAUAUCUAUUGACACAAGAAAUAUAAAAAUGAUUUAUUUACACUCUUUGCGAAGACGUUUCGGUUAAAAUUGCUUUGCCUUCGGAGUAUUCGAAUUCAGGAACUUCACUCGCAAACGGACUGUCAGUUUUCGCUCAAUUUUAAAUGAGAUGUGCAUUUUAAAUAAUUGGCAUGUUGCGCGUGUUUUCUCGGCGUGAACUGAGUAAAACUUUGCCAUGAAAUGCAUAUAAAAUUCACGCAUGUUUCACGGCUAUGCAAUUUGUAUGGAUUUGGACAGCCAUUUCACGUAAAACGCGAACUUACGCCCGUAUCAGCUGACACGAUGAAACAACGAUCUACGAUACUACGGAACGGAACGGUGGUGAGAAUUCAUUUACGUAGGGCUCUCAUUAGUUUCAUUGUGUCAACUGAUACGGGCGUACGCUUAGAUUGGCGAGUGUGAGCAUCAUUACGGCUAUUCUUAACGCGUGUUGCCCAUCGGAGGCGUUAGAAAAUUCAACUCAUAGCGCUCUAAUUUAGGUAUUACUGUAAAAAAUUUAGUCUAGAAUCUAGAUGCUAUAUUAGCUUUAGAUAAUCGAAUAUAACAGACAAAACUUCUAGAAAACAAAAGGGAUUCAAUAAUAAGAAAUAAAUGGUACAACAAGAACCAGAAAUGUUGGGAACUAGCUUUUAAUACAGUUAAAUUUUUACAAAUAACAAUACAAAACAACUAAUUUAAAUUUCGACUUAUAAACCUUAGAAUAUUUAAAAUUAGUUCACAAAAGUUUGUAAUUUACCGCUGACACCAAAGACGACAAUAGAGAUAAAUUUAUCGCUGCAAUUAAAUGUCUCGGUCGAAAUUCUUUUUAAAAACACAUCCUUCUGGUAGCACUGCAUUAGUGCCUCUAGUCGAGAGCAUUAACCACUCCAACAUGUGGCUAGGUACAAAUGUAUAUUAUGUAUGUAUGCAUACAGACAAUUGCUUAUUGCGCCUUGUGUUCGUUCUCGUAUAUUUGUACAUUUGCUUUAGUGUUGCUUCGGUCGUUGUUUGGAUAUAAUGCGAAUUGUAGUUAAUUGCAUUUAACUCCUUUAAUUAUACUAAAACUAUUAAUAGAUACAUAAAUAAAAAAUAAUAUUUAAAUGAGAAAUUAGCUUAAGUUGAAUGUUGUGUUAAUUGAAAUGUGUGCGAAAAUGUGUCUUUUGUUUCACUAUACCAACAGAAAAACACAGGAUCAUCAUUGAAAACAAAUGUAUAUUCAUGUGUUUACACCCAUACAUACAAACAUACCAACACACAUUAUUUACCCUUACCAGCAGUGCUGAGGCUCUCAUUUAGGUUAACGAAAAACAGAAGAGAAAAAAAUCAGUAAAGCUACAGGCAGAAAGAAGGUGCGCGGUCGCAGAUACACUAAAGAUACAAUGAAAUGAAUUUAUAACUUUAGAUAUUCGACUUUAAUUACUCUAUAAAAAUGGCUGAUUUUGAUACAAAAUUUUUGGAAAUGCAGAAAUAUCUGCCAUUCCUUAAAAGUGUCAUCGAGAAAUUGCGGAACAGCUCCGAUCAAGAUGAUGAUAAUCCGCGCAAGGCGCAGUUGAAAAAAAUGGAGGUGCUUCACGAUUUGCUCAAGAGUAAUGGGAAAAAGUUAAAAAUGGAGACAUUACUAAAAUGUGAAGGAUUAUUAAUAAAACUUGCCAGCAAAAUGGAAAGGAUACCCCUUUUGCAGAGUGAAAUUGAAACUUCCAAACCAACGAAGCCCACUUCCAACAUAAGUGUCACAACAACAAAUACAGAAGUGCUAAGAAGUAAAUUAGAUAAAGUGUCUAGCGUUGAGGUAGUAGAUAUAACGGGACCAGAGAGUCCUCCACCGCAACAAUUAGAGGAUUUGCCACCUGUGGAAAUACCCACAGAGAGACGUAGCUCAAGGGAUGAUGAAAAGUCGCCAAAAUCUGAGCAACGAGAUAGACAUAAACAUGGUUCAAAAAAUGACCGACUUCAUAAACAUCGUCACCAUUUUCAUCAUCAACGCCAUGAGCACCAUCAAAGCAGUCAUCAUUCGCAUGAACAUCAUAGACAACAGUCUAAUCAGUCAAAUCGAUCGCGUGAUAGCAGUCUUGAUCGUUCAAAUGACUCCUCAAGGAUAUUUAACAGGCGUAGCGUUGGCACUGACAAAUCAAGUCAUUCUGGAAAUCUGAAUGUAAACACUACAAAUCAUGAUAAAAACCACUUAGAACCACAACGUAAUCGCGAUCCACGCUCGUCUAACGAAUUCGCCCAUGAAGUCUACUCAUCUGAAGAUUGUUGGAAUGAUUUUUCGAGCAACAAAAGUAUAUCAGCAAACCGAAAUCAUGCUAAAAGAGCUUUACCUGACUCCUCUUCUGUCUCGAAAUCGCAAGAGCAGAGAUAUCAUGAUACAGCUUUCAGUUUUAAGAAAAACGUGCCGAAAUCAAAUGAAAUGUUUUCGCGUGUGCGUAAUCCUGAACAAUCUCUCACGCUAUCUAAUAGAUCUGCUCCCAUUUCAAUACCUGUGAAAGUGCCUACCAUACCGGAAGUGUUGAAGAGUCCGCCCUUGUCGGCUAGUGAUAUAUCGGAUUUACUUAGCGAGGCCGAUGAAAAACCGAACGAAAAUAGUGUACCAAGCAUUUCGGAAAUUGGUACACGCCGUCCAGUUAAAUCGCUGGAUAACGCCAUAACUUCGGCUGGCAUUAUAUCCCCCAGUGCAGCAGCAACACUUGAUAAAGUGCGUAAAAAGUUUGCUAUUGUCACACAAUCUUCACCACAUCUACGGGACAGUCCGGACGUGUUAAAAUCGCCGAUCACAAUCACACCAAAAGAUACGCAAAAUCCUUUGCCAAAAGAACGCAUAGCUUUAAAAUAUAAUCCACAUCCGCGCACAGAGCGAAACAGCCACCAGAAUAUUAGUGAUACACACCUUACCCAGCCGACCGAUCCGCGCUUGAAUCCACAUCGUUUUAGUAGUGCUUCAAAUAAACCCGUUGCGACAAGUCCGUCAAGCUCAACACUUCCGCAAGAUCCCAGAUUACGUAAAGCCGCAACCACCAUUGUGGGCACAAGCCUUUAUCAACAACCCCAAAUAAUGCAACACAAAGCCGCUCCUUCGCAGACGCAUAUUAAUUCAAAAGUUGUGCCACCACUUAUUACUCCGGCAAUAGCCAAGACACCAGUGAGGCAGUCGCACAUACCCAGUUUAAUGGAAGUUGAAACGAUCGAUCCGCGUAUCGCACUUAGUGCAAGUUUCCCUAGUGGCUCAAUGGAUCACAGGCAACAAUUAACAAAUAAUAUGCCAAUUAAUAUACCACAAGCGGGUAUAUUUACGCGAAGAGACUUUCCUACGAAUACUGUACCAUUAGCUUAUGGUGGACUACCCGUACCCAUUGAGUUUGGCACAAGAGGGAACCAACACCUGGAUCGCCCGAUGGUACAGCAGCGAAGUAAAAGCGGUUAUAGCAGCGAAGAAAACUGGGACUCUGAUCCGGAUACGGCAGUUGUACAAAAAGUUAUACCGCAGGCACCGCAAAUUCCACAAAAUCGUCCAUUUAAAGAAUAUCCAAAAGGAACAGAUUUACAUAGUGGAUUUCGACAAGCUAAAGCUCCGUUGCUGCCCACACCGGUAUUCGGACGUCCUAACACUGGAAACACAAUUCAGCCGCUUAUUGUAAACCCUCACCUCCACCAACUUUCCACGGCAGUGCCCCCAAACUCUAAUCACAGUAAAUUUAGUGCAGUUCUUAAUGAUAAAACAGAACGCAGUAAAUAUUUCGAGUCGAAAAAGCAAAAGAAAAUUGAACCACGUACCUAUAUGGAAUAUAAACAGGCCAAGGCGCGAGCUGCAGCAGAAGAGGCGGCCAGAAAAGCAGCCGAAGAGACAGCAAAGGCAGCGGCAGCUGCAACUGACAAAGAUAUUGGUGAAGUAAGUGAAGUGGACAGUAGCGUAAUAGCCAAGCUCUCCGAACAUCCACCAACCGUCUCGACAUUGGAUAAAUUAUAUCGUAGCACUAAUUUUAGUAGCUGUGAUUUUCCCAAAGCCAAAACAAGCUUUAAAAUACCAAAGAAGGUUACCGAAAAAACGGCUGAUAAAAGCGAAACUGAGACGAAAUUGGUUGAAAAGAAGGAAGAAGCUAAAGAAAAUAAAAGCCAACCGGAUUUAUCAAAUCAGCAACAAAAAGAUCAACCAGAGCAAAAGAUAGAAAGUUUGGAUAAAAAGAAAGUAAUUGCAAAUAAUAUUGGAUUACAGAAAGACCAGGAGGAACAGGUGAAGGGAAAGGAAGGGAAAAUAGAAAAGAAAAAGAACAGUAAAGAAAAUACUAUGAAAACAACUGUAGGAGUAAAUAAAAAAUGUAGUGAGAAAGUGAAAAGGAAGCCUGCAGUCGAACCGAAAGAUACCGGCGAGUGUACGGCGCAAGACAACGCUCACGCAACAGUAUCCUCCGUGAAUUCCAACCCCGAAAUUGAGAGUAAAAAUGCACAAGAUGUCUCAACUCUCUCAGACACUAGUACAACGGAAUUGGUUAUCAAAAAACCACAAUCUAAUUCUGCGUCGUGCGAAGUGCCAGCAAGCACCUCAGAUGCGAAGAAAAAAAUAAGUUCAACGCAAGAAGCUGCUGAGGCUAAAACUUCCGCCGAGAUUGUCACUGAAAUACAAGAGUCUAAUGAGAGCGAACCACAAAGGCUAAGCAAUUCAGCGAAAGCGGAUAUUACGCCUACCAAGGAAACUGCGUUUUUGGAUGAACUCGUCAAUGCAGGAAAACCUGCGCGUAUUUUGAAGCGGCGAAACACGAUGGUUGUACGUGGUAGUUUACCGGAAGUGGACAAAGAAAAAAUAUUUCCAUUCAAGUGUUUGGUAUAUGAAGAUAUUCAAGGAGCUAACGAAGAAGAACGUCGCAAGCAGAUUGAUUUGAUGCUGCCAAAGAAGAACAAAUGUCUUGCAGAAAUUUUUCAAAAAACCGAUGAUAAUUGCAAGGUUUCAACGCAAAACAUAAUUUCGGGUAAGCGCCGUACGCGUACUAACGUGAACUUUAACGUAGUGCAACGAUCGUUAGAAGUUUUUAACCACAAACGUCGUAGUGAACCAUUAAAAAAUUCGAGCGAAAAAGCGUCGCCCAUAAUAAAAAAACCCUUACCCAAAGGUAAAAAAGGAGCAAAAGGAAAGGCAAAACAGCAACUGGACGAACAAGCGACCGAAGAGAUUAAUGAUACAAAGAAGUUAGAUGAAGGAACUGCUAAGUUACAAAAGCCAUCAAUAAGCAAACAAACUGCAGCGGGAAUGGAGUACGCAAAACAAACGCCAGCAGAAAAGAUUGAAAAGUCAACGAAUCCCACUAGGGUUGACGCCUUAAUGGACGAAGAUACACAAAAACGAUACUUGUUGGAGAGUUUCGUGCAGGAUAUACUCAACCCGAAAAAGGAUAAAGCGCAAAUUUUCAGUUUGUUGUCGCAAAUCCUUAGUGAAGAUAAUCUGAAAUUCGUAAAAGAAAUUGUGGAAAGUCAAGCAGAAAAAAAUGCAGCACAAAUUGAAGCAAACGACGAAGCGGUUGAAGAUGAAAAUAUUUCGAUGUCAUGUGAAGACUUGAAUAAAUCGAACGAUUCCAAAGAAACGAAGGAAAGUGAAAGUAACGGCGGCAAGCCGAUGAAAGCAAAGGCGAAGAUGAAGAAAAGGAAUGAAUUAGAUCGUCUAAACGAAGAUAUACGCACGAUGUUCAUAAGUCAAGGCGUGCUAACAGCCACGGGUCGACGGAUGUGCACGCUAGUUGCUGCAGCCGAGCAAGUGAGUACAUGUGAUGACAAUACCACUGAGAAAACCGAGCAAACAGAAGUGGAUGCUGAAGUAAAACAUAAAGCACAAAUACUGCCACGUAUUCGUAAAUCCAAAGUUGUGCUGGAGCAAUUAAAUGUCGAAGAACUUCAAAAGCAAAUAAAAAUUAAGUUAAAAGUAAAUAAAGUAAAGGUGCAUGACAGUUCCGAGGAGUCCGAAAGUGAAUUAAAUAGCGAUGCCAAAACUGAAAAAAUUCCACGACGUAAAAUGCCCAUACUUAAGCCACAUACUCCUAUAAAACAAUCCGAAGUAGAGGAUGAUUCUGCUGAUGAACUGACUGGGGAGCCUGCGAUUAAGAAAAUCAAUCUAAACGUUGAAGUGAAGAAAGUUAAACCGGGACCAAAAAGCAAGAAACCAAAGAGUGCGCUGUUAUCAGAUGAUGAGGAAGACGGUGCUGAAGAAUGUGAACAAACCGCAGAGAAAGCAACUGAGGCUACGAACAAAUCUACCAUAAUAAAGAAUACUAAUAAAGAAUGGCACUCGCAAUCGAAGUGGGCCAAAUGGUGUGUCUUGUGCGACACAAGAAUCAGUUAUCCGGCGGCACAUUACAAGCGAAACCACCCUGAACACUAUACCUCGCGCCUGUCGCCGGAGGUAUUAGAAAAGUUGAAAAUGGGCAAACUGUCCAAGCCUUACUUUGGCAUAAUUCAGAAGAAAUCGUUAUACUGGUCUUAUCGCUGUGUAUUUUGUUUUCAACAUAAUCGCACCAUUCAAUCCAGCUGGAUGGAUCAUUUUAUUACACACACAGGCGAAUACGCCUUUGAAUGUAGUAACUGUCGUCGUCCCUUCACAAAGGCACAUCAACUUGACAAUCAUAUAAAAACUCAGUGUAUAGGGGGCACAGUUGUGCGCAAGAACCCGGCACCACAUGGGUCUGUACUAUCGGCCCAUGUGUGUCAUCUGUGUAAUUUUAUUCAGCUGUAUAGACCAAAUCUCGAUAGCCAUUUUAUCAAUCAACAUGACAUUGCUAAAUCGAAAAUUGCCAAACUGGGGCAUACAAUUGAUCUUUUUGAUAUAAGGGAUGUGAAAGUUGUAGACGCUCUAAAAGCGUUGGAGAUAGAAAGCCAAAUUUUAAAUGAAGGUUUAGAUAGAGAUGAGGUCGUGGAUGCAGAAAAUCAAGAAGAAGCCAUCGAAAUCGAUGAGCAAAGCAACAGUUUGAGAGAAGCAAAUGUUUCGCCAAAUCCAACUGAAAGUGUAAACAGUGAUGAUAUGCCGAUCGCAAAAAGUUUACAAUGUAAGGAAAGUUCGCACGUUAAAAAGGCAGCUGUGGAAGAAGCAUUGAACUCCAAUGUAUUCGUGCCCACACGUGAGACAAAUGAGUCACCCACAAUGAAUAAUUUCGCACAAAGUUUAUUCACCAUCACAAAUGAGCAGCGAGAGGUCGCAAUUGGUGGUGCGGCAUCCAUUGGAAGUGGAAGUAGCAUCUCGAUUGCAGAACGUCUAAGCCAAAGAUUUAAGAAUAUCAAAAGUGGUAGGAACGUCACCGCUAAUACCACAGCGACUGCAGCAUCAACAGAAAAAACACACACCGAAGCCUCAAAUGCCAUUGAUAUUAUUGGGCUUACGUCAGAGGCUCAAAAUAAAACAAGUGAGACUGCUGCAUUAGCACCGAAAGGUGCGGAAAACUCAACGUUAUCAAAUAAGUUAAAUUCAUCCACCGAACCUGCGUUCACUGCAAACGGUGAAAGCGUAACGGUAGAAUUCGAUCAGCCGCCAAGAGAUGAAGCAACUUCUGCGGCGACUGAAACCGCCGUCGAUUCGCCCAUUGAGGAUGAUGAUGAUAAUUGGGAAGAUAUUGAAAUUACAGAGUCUGCACCAAGCACAGCGUCGUCGGUGGUUUCGACAGCAUCUGGCACGUUGAAUAAGAGCAGCAAAAGUAGAAAUAAGAAUGUGUUACAUAAGCUGAAUCGGCUAUAUGCGACGAAUAAUAAGUUGAAGAAAAGUUUAUCAAUUACGAUGGCUAACAGAAAGAAAACAACAGACGAAAAAAGAGAUAUUGAAGCUGCUCAGCCGGCAAGUAACGAAAAUGUGGCAAACAACGUUAUAAUAGGUGUAGAUAAAACGAAUGUUUCUCCAGCUCCAGCUGCGGUGUCAGCUUUAGUUCCAAUUCCAGCUCCGGCUACAGAUUCAGCUCCAGCUUUAGCUUCUGCUGUACAGCCGCAAAACGAAGCGGUUACUUUGGCAAAUUUGCCUCAAGUAAAUGCUGAACCAAAUCUCGGAUUUCGACCCUUAAUCACCAAUCUGGAUGACUUAUUGCCUGACUCACCAUGCAACGACCCCAUCGAAUUGGUACCAGAGUUAACACCAAUGGAAUCGUUGCAAGAUCUCUACGAUGUUUCCUCUAUACUAAAUUCCGAUUACAUGUCAGACAAUUGGGAGCCAGAUACAACACCAAUACAUUUAAAUAACGAUAGCCAACAGGCUAAUAUGCAAGAGGCUUUGGAUUUCGUUAAGGAACAACAGCGCGAACAGGGUAAUGUUGCCGGUACGCCAAUCGCCAAUACGACCGGUCCACUACUAGCAUUACCUUCAAUCCAACGCAUACAAAAUAUCGGCUUUUCAAAAUCGGCUGAGGAUACAACUUUUAAAUUUUACUGCCUCUCUGAGAAUUGCACUUUUCUCUAUUCAAGUGAAGCGAUUGGACUCGAGAGUCAUUUUAGUUGUGAACACGCGCAAAGCUCGUGGAAUGGUUAUUGUCAUAGUUGUAAAGCUCAAGUUGAGGGCGAUAACGGCAAAGAAAACAAACUCGCGCUGUCAGCCGAACUAAACCACAUGCGUUCGAAACACUUAACGAACCCGAUCACACCCAAUUUACCUGUUGUAGAGACGUUGAAACGACCAUCUAAGUCGAAUUCGCCAGUGCUUGAUGAAGAACGACCGCGCAUUAAGAUUCGACGCUUGACAGGCGAUUGUCUGUCGACAACACCGACCCCAACUUCAGCGAAUAGUUCAAAACCAAUAUCGGCCUUUGAUGAAAAUGCACAACUUGUCGAGUUAACAAACGUAGAGCAACGCUCGUUACCGACGAUAUCAACAUCGUUUUUAAACAAAAUACAGCCAACGGUAGAGAAACCAGUUGAGAAUCGACACUUUCAAAAUAUUGGCGCUCAAAUGAUUCGUUCAAAUAAUAAUACGCAAAGUAAGACAGCCCAUGCACAAACACCGCCAUGCCAACUACAAAUUACGAGUGUGGUUAGCUUGAACGAGAGCAGUGUUCCGAGUCCAUCUACAACUGCCUCGCAGCUACCAGUCAUAUCAAAUGUUUGCAGUUUAAAUGCUCGUUCUGUAGCGUCGCCAAUCAAUAAUAUCAGCUCUCUUUGGGCACAGCACAUAGCGGACGAGCGAUCGGAAUUGGAACAUGCAGCUGCAGAAUCUAUGGAAGUUUCACGCAUACUUUCCACACCGCGUACCACUAGCAGACUUGCUGUGAGUGAUGUUGAUGCUGAUAAAACCGUCAUUGCCAGUGAUUCGCCCGAGCCACAAGUAGUUGCCGAAACGCUGCCCGUUGCACAAGCCACAACCGGAAACUACCUUAUAACGCAAUCAGUUUCGGCACAAUACGAAGAGGGACGUUUGGGUUUUAAUAUAUCGAUUGCGAAUAAUCCUUCAACACGUUUAAGCCGUUCGGAUUCAUGUAGUAGCGCUAGCAACUCAUCAGCUGUGGUAUCGACUGCGCCACAAUUUAAAUGUAUGGCGAAUGGUUGUAAAUAUCAGACACGCUUAGCCGUGGCCAUGGGUGAUCAUUUGCAAUUUCAUGACCGUCAAAACUUCAGCGCUCAACGUGAAUAUCUGCGCUGUUCACAAUGCUCAUAUUUAGCUGAAGAUGUAGAUGGGUUUAUGCAGCAUGCGGAGGAAAAGCAUGGUAUGUUGGCACGAAAUGCUAGUGAUACGGAGGCGAUAAGAGAUAUACUACGUAACCCGGAUAGCCAAGAAUUCGUGCAGACUUUUACUCAAGAAACGUGGGAGACAGCUUUGAGGGAGAUUGUCUCGGCAACUGGCGUGCCAGACUCAAAACUCUUCCGUUGCACCAUUAAGGAUUGUAAGACCAAACUUACUGAUUCGAGCUACUAUUCACAUGUUGUUUAUCAUUUAUCCACACUUGGCCAAAACAAUAUUAGUGCCCAUACAUACAGGUGCCCACAUUGCCCAAUUACCUUUCAAAAGCCUCAAAAAAUCAAGGCCCAUAUAAAAACACACGGUAUACAUCGAUAUUUUUGUUAUAUGUGCACGGCUACUGCCGUUAAUAUGGAACAAAUGCUUAAACAUUUUGAGGAGAGGCAUUGGCGUUCUAAGAAACUACGUUCCACGCCGUUGCCUUACAAACCGACAGAAAAGCAAUGUUCAUUCCAUGCAUACUUUGUGGCAUUUACAACUUUAUUACGUAAACAUGAAAUUCAACAGUUUCGUGAAAAAUUGAUUGACGAAUGGCAACGCAAAAAAUCCAACUCGCGUACACAUUUCAAACCAAGUGAAAUCGGCUUACUACCUUUGACGCCAAUAUUUGAUAAAAUCUUGAAUUGUUCCGUUUGCCCAUAUAAAACGAAAGUGCGCACGAAUUUGAUGCGCCAUUUGCAAAUGCACACCGAUGACAGUAAUGGCGGCACUCAGCAUGUUGCUAAUGUCGACCCUGUGAAUCCAGUGCCAUGUCUAAAUUCGAGUGAGAAGCAUUUUGAUAAGAUGACAAACUUGGCCUCUUCUUCAUUGGUAGUUGGUAGUACAAGCGGGAAUACAACGAACACAGCAACUGGCGGUAGUAAUGCAGCCGCUGUCAACGUCAAGGGCAAAUGCAUUUACGAAUAUGUGCCUGAUACGAAGCGUUAUACUUGUGGCGUUGACAAUUGUCAGUACUUGACAAUUUCGGAUGACAUUUUUCGAUCGCAUUUGAAUGCGUUACACAGCGACAUUUUGUAUUACAAUUGUCCACAUUGCAAAGAAGAGAUUUGUAAACGUGCUUUGUCGAUUGAACGAAUUUUGAGUCAUUUACGUUUUCAUGGACCGAAAUUGUAUCAGUGUGAAUUCUGUGGAUAUUUACAUUAUAUGAGAAAUGUGGUAGAUCGCCAUAUACGCCAGCACGACGUGCAUCCGCCAUCAUAUGUGAGGGUGGUCGAACACGAUCGAACGAAAGAGAGUGCAGUCAAAAAAACCGAUAAUACUAUCACUUCGGCAACACCCGUGUCACUAUCAGUCGCUAAAUCCGAUACGCUUAAAUCCAAAGGCGGCAAAUACAAAUGGUCUUGUAAUUUAUGUGGUCACAAAACAAUGACACAGCAGCAAAUAGUUGCGCAUACAACAUCUCAACAUUCCUGCAAACACCAAUAUCAGUGCAUGCAUUGCACAUUUACCGCAACACAAUUGGUGCAAGUGAUGUCACAUAUCGAUGAGAAGCAUGCGGGUAAAAAGCGUGAAGCGCGUUAUGUGUUUGAAAAAUGCGAAGAAGCGGACGAUAGUAACAGUGUAAAUACGAUUGAUACACGACCGCUCUGGCAACGCGACGAUCCUACGCGUGUACGACAUAUACGCGGAAUUUUAAUGGAGGACGAGGAAGAAUCGGAACGCUAUCGGAAACGUUUAUGUUUGGAUGAUAAUGAUGAUGGGACAGAAAACGGCGAUAGCGAUGAGAAUUUAAAUUUAGACCAAUUUGGAAUUCUCUGCUAUUAUUGUAAUGCGCAAUUCCCAACUCUCAAGGACUUGCGUGAAAAACAUUUCCAAGCUUCCAAAUGUAAAAGAUUUAAUGCGAUGAAGCCUUUUCGCUUUCGUAUUUGCACUGAAGUCAAAUGCCCGUGCUGCCUCUCGUUUGUAGGCAACAGUCUCAAAUUGAUAGACCAUAUGAAAGAGAUACACAAGGUAAUAAAAUAUAUAGCCGCCGACCCAAAUGCCACAUCAGCCGGUUUAACUUGUGGCCAUUGUGAAUACCGUGGCCAAUCGUUAGGGCAAUUGAGCCAGCACAUCACUCGUAUGCGUCACAAGCCCCUGGAUUUAAAGGUCAUGUCUCUAGUGCAGCUAGAAAAACUAAAAGCUUUGGGUUCACCUCUAACUUACGUGCAAUGUCUCAGUUGCAUGGAAUUGCUUGCCAAUCAAUCUGCCUUUGACGCGCAUAUAGCUCAGGCGCAUCCGAAUGAGUCUGAUGUUAUAUCGCAAAUAUUACGGGAUAAACUAAUCUAUUCCUGUCCGAUAUGUACAUAUACGUCACAAAGUGAAAUGACAGUGUUACGUCAUAUGAUCGAUCACUAUAGCGGUUUUCAGCGUUGCCACUUUUGCGGACAGCCGCAGACAACUUUCAAUGGUUAUAUGCAACAUUGUUACUCGGAUCAUCGCGAGGAGAUAAAGGAUUUCUGCAACAUCUAUACCUGUACAAAAAUUAGUAGAUACCUACAGCAGCUGCAGCUAAUAUUCCCCAAUGGCUUAACUGUGGACUUAUGCAAUCUACGCUUGACUCAAUGCCUGAAAGAGUAUGGCAAUAAGCAUAUAAAACUUCUAUACGAUGAGAUACAAAAAACUUCACAACAGCCGCCUAUACCGCGACUUUCGCUAGGUCGUUUGGUCGCAAGGAAAUCCAUCGAAGCGAAGAUGGCUGAAACGGGCGGGAAUUCACCAAUGAUAGCAGAGGCAGCAUCUGCCUCGACAGCGGCGGCUUUGCAGUUGGCGGGUAAUAAUGCUAAAUCUCUGCAACCCACAAUUGCCGCCAAAAGAAUAAUGAAACGUCGCAGCACGGUUGCAUUGGGAAGAGAUGAGACUGCCAUAGAGCAUUUCACUAUGAAUUGUCCGCCAAGUGUAACCACGUUUAGUAGCAAAAAACGCAAAAUGCAGCAUAAUUUAUCGUUACUACCUCCUCCUGAAGUGGUUACGCAAUCUGCGGUGGUAGACGAUUUUCCAAGCGCAAGCGAUAAUGAAGCGGCCCAGCCGGAGCAGCAUGAGCUGCAACCUUUUAGCUUUUAUGGAGAGCCACCUCAGCAAUUGGAUUUGAACAAAAUAUUUAUUAAAAUAGCAGCAGCAGACACUGUUGAGACUAGGAUCAAUAUAUCUAAAUUCCAAUUGCUGUACAACAUAACGCCGCGCGUAGUUGUGAUACCAACUGACAUGACCAAAUACCGCAAGACGGCAAAAGUGAAACGAAAAGAAACUAAACCCUGCCCGGCAAGCCAUAAAAUAAGAUACAGUUUACCGGCCAAAUUGACUAAAUGAGUAACAAAGUGCAGCCCGAUGGAAUUGCCUAUAUAAAAUAUAUAAAAAUUAAUGGAUUGAAGUUGCGGAUAUGUUGUUUGUUAAUAAUUUAAGCAGCUAAAAUACUAUUACAGCUACCAAGUGUUAAAAUACUGUGUAUUGUAUUUGGAGUCUUACGAUAUGAAUAAGAUGAAUUAGAUUCCAACACAUGCAAAUAAGUACGUUUUAAUAGAUACGUCUAAAUUCCUAUUUUUUAUAUGCAGGAAAUUAAGACUUAAAUUUUUGUAGAUAACGAUUAGGCGAACUGAUUAUUUAUAGUCAACCUUAAGAAAGACAUGAAUGUAAUUUAAUUAUGUAUUAAUGUAAGAGUAAGGUAUCGUAAUUAUUUUCAAUUAAUUUGAUAACAACAAAUUUUUAAAUAUAAGAAUACACAUGAACGAUCGAUGAUUCUAUUGGAUGUAUUUGUUUCAAGAUCGAAACGCAUAGUUAAAUUAAAGCUAAUCUUUAUUUUCCUUUAUUUUUAAUAAAGUAAGAUUUUAUGUUUAAUUUAUUUAACUGUGAAUACGUAAACACUACUAUAUGGUAUGUACUUGCACACUUACACUUAUGUACUCGCAAAAUUUUCUUAUCGCUACUGAAUAAAAUUGAAUUGAAUUAUAUUUAGAAAAAAUAA